AUGAACGAACCAAUCAAAGACACAAAUAAAAGAAAGAGAGAGAUAGAGGAAUCUUUUACAUCAAAUAAAAAACCAGUCUCAUCACCAUCAGAAGUAUUAUUUUGGAAAGUUUGGAGGAGUGUAGUGACAAAGCGAGUGAUUCUAGUGUUUCUUGCACCACCAGAUGAUAAAGGUGUAAUUAAUCAUUUAAAAACAUGCAGUAAAACAUCAAGACAUCCCCCACAUGUUUUAAAGACAAGGGUACUAUUAAUAUACAAUCACCCAAAUUACGACCAUAUUAAAUCUGUUUUGGAAAAAUUCACCAAACCAGAUAUAUGGAAAUUUAUUGAAACUGGAAAGUUCAGAAAUAAAAGACACUAUACAUCGAAGCGUUCGAAAGGGUUGAAAUUCUUGUAUGGAAUUCUAUACAACAGAACAUACUCUGACUUCCAAUUCAACCACAUAACGAACAGCCGUUACGGCCAUCCAGGAUAUAGUUCGUCAACACUGAAUUGGUUAGUGGUUCGUGCUAUGAUUAAUGACAACAUUAGACCAAUGUUUGAUUUAGAAUGGUAUGAUUGGUUGAAAAUGAUGCCCGAUAAAUGUAUCAGAGAUCAAAAAUAG